ACUCCAUCAGAGCGAAACAGACGCCUGCAACGAUCAGCCUCUUAAACAGCAGACACAUCUGAUGCUCACAAUAUGUCAUCCAAUGAUCCACUGACUGAGGAGCUUCAGUGCUCUAUAUGUCUGGAUGUGUUCACUGAACCAGUCAUGACUCCAUGUGGACACAGCUUCUGCAAGACCUGUCUGAAUAAGUGCUGGGACAACAGCCAGACCUGCAGCUGUCCAUACUGUAAAGAAACAUUCAACACAAGACCUGACCUCAAAAUUAAUACCACAUUCCAAGUGGUUAUAGAUCACUAUAAAAAGAAAAUACAUGUUCUGUGUGACAUCUGUGAGGAAGGAAAGCUGAAAGCCCUGAAGUCGUGUCUGGUGUGUCAGAGCUCUUAUUGUGAAACUCACCUGGAGCCUCAUUUGAGAGUGACAGGUUUGAAGAAACACAAACUGAUGGAUCCUGUGAGUAAUCUGGAGGACUAUAUAUGUCAGAAACAUGAGAGACCUCUGGAGCUGUUCUGUAGAGAUAAGCGGACAUCCGUGUGUCUGUCCUGCACUGAUGGCUAUUACACCUUCAACACUAUUUCUUUACAAGCGGUACUAAGUACUAACAAUAUGAAAACACAAGAUGUGCAGAACAUGAUCCGGGACAAAACAAAGAAAAUUCAAGAAAUCAAAAACUCAGCGGAAGUCAGAAAAAGAAACUCAGAGGAGGAGAAAGUGGCCCGUGCUGAGGUCUUCACUGAUCUCAUCCGCUCCAUUGAGAGAUGUCAGACUGAAAUGCAAUAUAAAAUGGAGAGGCAGCAGAAAGCAGCAGAGAAACAGGAGGACGAGCUGAUUGAAAAGCUGGAGCAGGAGAUCGCUGAGCUAAAAAUAAGAAACAAUGUGCUAGAGCGGCUCUCUCACACUGAAGAUCACCUCCACCUCCUACAGAUUUACUCAUCCCUGUGCAGCCCUAGAAACACCAGAUACUGGCCUGAGAUCAGACUGAAGACUCAAGAGAGUGUGGAGACUUUGAGGACAGCUUUGACUCAACUGCAGGACACUCUACAUCAGAAACUCAAGAAAACUGUGCUGAGGAAGAUGCAGCAGAAUGCAGUGAAUGUGAUUCUGGAUCCUGAUACAGCUUAUCCGUAUCUCAUCCUGUCUGAUGAUGGAAAACAAGUGGCACAUGGCGACAUUAUACAGAAACUCCCAAACAGCCCAAAGAGUUUUGAGAGAUAUCCCUGCGUCCUGGGUAAGGUGGGAUUCUCCUCAAGGAGGUUUUAUUUUGAGGUGGAGGUGAAGGGAAAUACUGACUGGACUUUAGGAGUGGCCAGAGAAUCCAUCGACAGGAAGGAAAGGAUGAAACUAUGUCCUGGUACUGGAUGCUGGGCUGUGAAUCUGAGCGAUGGAAAUGAAUAUAAGGCUCUUUACGGUCGUCCUGUCUCUCUGGAUCUGAAAGUGACGCCGCAGCAGGUCGGUGUGUUUGUGGAUUAUGAGGACGGUCUGGUGUCCUUUCAUGAUGUGGAGUCCGGCUCUCAUAUCUACUCUUUCACUGCUCAGCAUUUCACUGACAAACUCUAUCCAUUUUUUUGCCCAAAUCUAAACAAUGAAGGUAAAAACUCAAGCCCACUGAUCAUCAAACGUGUCUAUAGAUGAAUUUACACUCCAAACCUUUUUAUUAAAACAACCUGUAAACCUUAAAUAUCAGAGGUGUGAAGAGUACCUGAAAACCAUACUGGAAUGUUCCAGAAAGCACUAGAAUAUUACAGCAUCUUACAGAAAAUGUACCUGACCUAAAUAUUUAAUAAUAAAUAGUACAGUAAUAAUAAUUAGCUACCACUGAAUUGCAGAAGAACCCUAAAAACUGUAAGUGAAAUUUUUUUUUUGUAUUCUGUAUAAUUAUGAAAUGAACAUACUAUUUGAUCUAUAAGCAUGUAGAUCACAGAUUAUAAACUCAAAACUGUAAGUGUAGUUUAUUAUAUGCAUGUGGUUUUAAGUCUUGCCAAUUUAAAUAUCCAAGCACCAUUCAAGCGCAUGAAAAUGCGAGAGUACUCAAUUUUACAUUUUUAGCUUUUUGAGAAAAUGAAUUGCCGAUCGACCAAAAUCAGCACAUGCUGAGGAAAAUGAAUGUAAACCGUAUAUUCAGCAUGUCUGAUCUGUGCAUUCUGUCUUAAAGUGACAGCAGCCUAAUAAACCCGCUGCUGUCUGUCAUUACUGAAAGAAAAAGAGGAAAAUCACUCACUGCUCUUGACUCAAUGACUUUAAUAAGAAUCAGUGUACACUUGAUUAUUCAAUUUCUGUAAUAUUUCUUACCUAAAUACACUGAAAUAAACAGUUCAUGUAGGUCUAGGAGAACAGUUGAAUCUGUUCUAUCAUAUUUAUUUGUGAAAUUGCUUGUAAUUUGUUCUCAUUUUAUUACUUAACUUUACAUUAGGUAGUCUAGUAGUUUUUGCUGUGGUAUCGAAAUUGUAAUGGAAAAUUGAACAGGGCAAGUGAAAAUCUGAACCACUGGCUUGGCCAGAUACUGCGGUCACCUGGUUCUGCUAAUGAAUUGGUUCCAGAUCAAAAAUUCAUGGCAGUUUAUUAUAGCUCAUUUACACGGACAACAGAAAGCCUCAGUUUUGUUUCUAAUCAUGUUUAUAUGUACUUUGUAAUUGAUGUACAUUUCCGAAUACAUGCAGUUUGGUCAGUGAGGGGUUUUUCCAGAGUCACUGUGGUGUGUGAGGGUUGAAGAUUUCAUAUAUGGUCCAUAUCAGACUGCUGUUUUGUGGUGGCAGAAAAAGGCUUCAAUGCUGCCCUUUGCAACUCAGACACAUUUCCUGAAGAAUCAUCACAGCCUCGGGAUUUCCACCCACAGUGCAUCUCUCUCUCUCUCUCUCUCUCUCUCUCUCCUGAGACAGGCUUGAGGUGAUCAUGCCAGAAACCGCAGGAAUAAUAGAUUUACCAUUGAUGUUUCUCUGGGUGUGGAUUUAUAUAGGACAGUUUGAAGAUGUGAUGUUUCAUAAGGAUCUUUUUUUAGCUGCAUUAAAUUAGCUCUUCUAUACUAGAAAAAAGAUUAACUUAGAAGCAACCUGCAUUAUUUACUGUUUUCUUACUGUUACUGUUUUUCCUCAUCCUGAAGUGUUCUUAUUGUUUAAUAAACUGGACCGUUCUGCUA